AUUAGUGUCCUUGAUUCUUUUGUUGAUACCACACCACACAGCAACACACAACCAAAAUUUUACCGUUUUCUUUUAAUUAAAACCGUGUAUAAUCGCCGAAUUAGAUACCAUCAAAAAGUGCCUGAAAGAAAAAGAUGGCUGCUGUUAGCGAAUUAUGGGUCUCUUGGUUUACAUGUUGUGUUACUCAACCACAAAAAAGAAGACAUCGAAUUGACAGAUCAAUGAUAGGAGAACCAACAAAUUUUCAACAUACAGCUCAUAUAGGAAGUAGGGAUGUUGAAAUGCCUAGUGAUCAAUUAUCAGCACUUCAAAUGCAAAUGAAAAGUAAAGGAGGAUAUGAAACUACAUAUAAAGAACCCGAUUGGUGUAACUAGCCAAGAAACGAAACAUUUUUAAGGGUUUUUAUGUAACAUAAUAAGUUUUUUUUUUAAUUUUAUUUUCUUGUAUAUAGCUACUUUUAAAAUAGCAAUAAUCAAAGAUCAA